AUGUUUCUCAAUCUUCUUCCCUUUAUUCACCUCGAUUUGGGAAGGAACGAUUACCUUAUUAAUGGUACAACAACAUUUAAACUUCCGAAAUCUUACCACGUCGGAAUUCUUCCCAAUGAAACUGAAGGAUUCACAUUUGAAGACUCAGAGAAUAACACAUAUACUGAUUUCCCAAUUAUUUUAACUAUUGGAACUCAUUUAAUUAUAACACCUUCACAAGAAACAGGAGCUAAAAAGAUUUCAAUUAUUGCAGCUCCUAUAUACAAAGAAUGCGAUGAAAGAAGGUUUAUCUUAGAUGGUUUCAUGAAGACAGAUGAAACAGUUGGUUAUUAUAAGGAACCAAAUUGUUACAUUUUUAUGAAUCCAAAAUUCGAUAAUAUAUCAGUACAAGUAAUUUCUAACACCCCUAUUGGUCGCUUGAAAUAUGGAACUGGUGAAAAUCCAAUUGCUAGAGAAUACUAUGAUCCAAUUAUCGGAUCAUCGGCAACACUCAUGAUUCAAGAUUAUGCAGAUAGCUUUGUCCAAAUGACUAUGAUAGACAGCAAUAUCUUUGAUGUUGGUGAUUUCGAAAUUUCAUUUAAAGAUGAAUAUGAAUUUCACAUUCCUCCAAAUUCUGUCUUUGUUGCACACACAAUUAAAGAUUACAUAUUCGAAUCUGAUAAAGAACCUAUUGCAGAUGGUGUUUUCUUUGACAAAGAUUCAAGAUAUUCAGUUAAGGCCAAAAAGCCAGGAAAGAACACAAUCGUUGGUAGUAUUUCUGUUAUUAGCCCAUACGUACCAUGUACAGAGCUCAACGUUGAAAUUGUACGCAGUGAAACAUCAACAAUUUUCGGAGCAAUAGAUUCAGACUAUACAAUUGAUGAAGAUUCCACCUUCUGCCAUAUAUUCACUUCUCCAGUUCCUCGUCGUUACAAAUUUGUAAUUCAAGGACAAUAUAAUUUGGCUUACAUUUCAAAUCCGUAUUCAACUGAUGAGAAUGAUUUCUCUGAUUACAGAGGCUUCCCAUACAUUAACAAAUCAGCUAUUUAUUACCUAACUGUUUCUCAUGACUUAAAUAUUAAAUCAGGUCUUGAAACAACAAAUAUUGUCACGCCAUACCAUGAUUUUCCAGAUUGCAGAGAUGGAGAAACCCUGAAAAUCUAUGGAAAUAUUCCAAGAAACCCUAAACCAGCAAAACCCUUCAAAUUACCUGACGGACUACGCAAUGUCAACUACUUAACUGGUAGGUAUCAAAUAAAUAUUCCUUCUGAAGGUGCAAAUAUCACAUUCCAGAUGAAUUCCAUUGUCAUAUUUCAUAAUGCUCAUUCAUUUAAAGGAACCCUUGGACAAGAUCCUGUUUUACACGACACAGGAAACUAUGUCUUCAACUUCACUGAUAUGAUUAAUUAUUUCAAAAUCAAACCAGUGAAGAAUCAAAGUUUAAUUGCAAAUAUUUCAGUUUUAGUCUAUAAAAUUAAGGGCUGUCCUCCAGCAACAACAAAUGAUGUUAUUGUUGUUUCUCCUAAUCACCCUGUAUCAUUCACCGUUUCUCCAGAAUCUCAAUUUGGUUCUAAUUUGACUUAUGACAAACGUCAAUCAGUCAAAUUUAAUGUCUUUGCAUCAUCAGCAUUCUACUAUACAGUAGAUUCAGAUACAAUCUAUAAUUGCUCAGAAUAUUGGUGGUAUGGAACGAAUUUUGAAGGGCAUGAUUACAGAAUUUCUGAAUUCAGAACAGUGACAACAAUUGAUCCAGAAACUGAAGAGAUUUAUGGUUUGUUCCGUGGAGCUCUAUCUUACACAGAUCUCAAAAAGUCUCAUUUUAAUGGAUAUCGUACUCCUAAAGUUUAUACAUAUGGAAACGAAUAUUAUCCACCUGAUAAUUACUACAACUAUCCAAAAUUUGAAAUAUCGGCUGUAUUUAUUAUUGGAAUUACUAUUCCAAUUAUCAUUGCAAUUGUUGUUGCGGCUUUCCUCAUAGUUGUAUGUAUCAGAAGAAGAAGGAAGAGUUAUGCAAAUGUGACUUAUACUGAAACAAAUUAUAUGAAUGAAAAUGAAGCUGCUCAAGAACAAAUUUAUGUGAAAUAUGGUGAAGAUGAUUCUGAGCAAAAAGUUGAUAGGCCGGCUUCAACUAAAGCCCAAGCUAAAACUCCAUCUUUGGAAACUCCAUUGAAUCCUAUUGCGCAACCUCCACCUGUCUAUAUAAUCAUCCAACCUGGACAACCAGGUCCGGCUCCAAACCCUUACACUUAA